CAUGGAAGCACGAGAUUGGUCGAUCCCACGCGUUCCUUAAUCUGGGUACAACAAAUUCGAACGAAAAUGUCAGAUAGCGACGACGAGAUGCCGCAGUUAUCUUCGGCCUCGCUUGCCGCUCUUCAAGAGUUCUACAAAGAGAAAGAAGCGCAAGAAAACUUGUUGAAGGGUAUUUACGAGGAAAAUGAAUCAACGGACAUCACGUUUGACGAAAAUUGGCAACUAAGUCAAUUUUGGUACGACGACGAGACGGUUGAUAGUUUUGUGAAAGGAGUAAUUCAUUCAACUGAAAGAACUGGAAAAAUUGCCCUCAUCUCUUGUCCGACACUGUAUAACAAAAUGAAGAAAGAUUCCGACGGCAGACAAGUUACAUUGUUUGAGUACGAUCAGCGAUUUGCUGUUUUCGGCUCAGAUUUUAUUCCGUACGACUAUAAAUCUCCUUUAGAAAUUCCCAGGGAAUUGGCAGGUUACUUUGAUCUCGUGCUUGCGGAUCCACCUUUUCUUUCGGAAGAAUGUCUAACGAAAACGGCGGUAACGAUCAAGUUUUUAUCUAAGAAAAAUAUCGUACUCUGCACAGGUGCUAUAAUGAGCGAAUUAGCAUCAAGACUUUUGGGCGUAAAAAAAUGCAGUUUCGAGCCGCGCCACAAGAAUAAUCUAGCGAAUGAAUUUUGGUGUUAUUCAAACUUUGAUUUUGACAAGGCGUUACAAUAAAUUUAUUUCUUCUA